CCUGCACAAUACAUGUCACCAAACUUUUACUGUGCCAGACGCCCCAAAUUCAGAGCUGCUGGUGAUGCUUGUGAGCCAACAGACAAAUGUUCAUCCAAAAUUUUAACCUACGACACCCUCGUCGCCAUCAUGAACUAUUUCUGCCCAGUCGACCCUAUAAGGGAGAACCACCAUCAUUGGCGGGGUUCCUCCUCUACCCAGACACUCCUGCUAAGAUGGAGACGACAUCUCAUGAAGCUUUCUGCUUUCGACCAACCUCACAACGCGACAAAGGCAAAGGAGACCGUGACGCUCAGAACACACAGCGGGAGACCCAUCAUUCCUCUCCCACAGCCUCGAGACAAACAGGAAGAGGAAACAGCAGCAGGGACAGGGAAACACUGGAGGACAAGCGAGAUCAGACAGCUGUAAAAGAAGAACAGCAUGCAUUAGAGAUGCUGUCUCAGUAUCAGAAAGAUUUCCCUCCUCCGGCCUCCUGCUACAGAAGGCGAACACCUGCCCUCCCACAGCCGGACAACAUCGGCAUCAACCCUGCAUUCAGGAUCGAGUUUAGCACAGUCCAAAGAGAGACUUACCCAGGAUGGCCCAUCAUGAACUCCAGGUGUGCUGGCAGGAUGAGGGCAGCCUCUUCUGGACAUCCAAACAUGACAUCUGAGCAAUAAAUCAGCUUUUCAUGUGUCCUUUAUAUAUGUUUGACAAGUUUCUAGCCCAUCUGUGAGCUUAAAAAUUGCAAUUUAUUUACACUACCAACACAGAGAUAUCAACAAUAGACAUAGGGGGCUACAUAGAGUGUCUAGUUUUACCACAUAGACAUAAAUCAAACACUGUUUGUACAAAAUAGAGCACAGAA